CAUUCACCGUCUUUUCCUCGCCCUUUUUAACGUAUUACUGGCUUCAGCUGGAGUAGGGGCUCAGCAAUGGGGCGACUGAGAAGCACGUCCGGCGCCGCUCCUUUGGCAUCUUAUCCCGCUCACGAACAUAGCCGGGCUCCUGAAUUUUACGGUUUCGUCGCCUGGACUUCGACCUACCUGCUCUUCGUUCUCUUCCUCCUGUGGGCACUCUUACCUGACUCUGCCAUUGUAUAUCUCGGGAUUGACUGGUACCCAAACCGCGAAUGGGCGUUGCUGCUGCCGUCGUACACCAUUGUACUGGUCCUCCUCACCUACUUCACGUACCUUGCCCUGGCGCUCUUUGGCCAGCCCGCCUUUUCCAGCGCCACUACGAUAACAGACUCGUAUGCGCGCUAUCCACCGCGGGGACACUCGAGUUCCUUGGAAACAGCGGCCGCCGAGCUGCUGGACGCGCCCAUCACCGUCGUGAACAAGGCUUUGUACUUUUGACGCUGGGCACGUCAAGGAGUGAAUCGCGGUCGGAGCGCAGGCCAUGGAGGAAAAUAUGCCAAAUCAAAUAUACGAGAACCUGAAGCACUCAUUGCCACCCUGCAGUCAUGCCACAACACGCGACCCACCGAGUCUGCACAUCUG